GAGGAAGGAAGAGGUGAUGGUAACUGAAGAUAUGCCAGCAUAUGCCAGAUGAUUUCUUGGGAAGAGUGGACAUAAGCUAACGACUCUGUCUUUAAAUGGUCCUUCAGCUCUAUUGGGUUACAAUGGCAGGGUGGGAAAUGUGGUAUACCUCACUUGUGCUCUUUGCUACUGUUACUCAUAAAGUAUCUUCAAAUUCAUUCGAGAUGGAUUUGGCACCAAAUGCAGUAGACGAUGCCUACUCUGCAUGCCGAGAGCAGAUGCUGCAAAAAAUUUUGGCCAAAGACGGAGGAAUUCUUCAGACAGAGCUCGACAACAGCAGUGAAUUUAAGUCAGCGUGGGACGGUUCCAAGGGCUGCGUUAAGUUGAUCUCUGGAGGUCAACAUGAGCAUACUCGGGCAUUGCAAAGUUUUAGUAAUUCUCGGAAAUUGUUUAAAAAAGUCAAUGGAGCUGUUAAGACCAACGGUGGAAAUGUCGACGACUACACCAACAAGUUCCAGUUUAAGUCCCUACAUUUCCUGAUGAUGGACGCCAUGCGCCUUCUAAAAAAUGGGACAAAUUGUAGAACUGUGUAUUCCAGCACUUUUGAUGACAUCAAUGCAGUAAAAGGAGCUGAGGUGCGUUUUGGGGCAUUCGUAUCAGCAAAUGCUGACCGAAGCUUUACAGAGGAGGGCUGUACUGAUGGUGGAACCCUGUUUAACAUCACCACAUGUUCUUUGAUCAAUUUGGAAAACCGUGUCUGUGCUUUAGACGAAGUAUCAAUGUUAAUAUCCCCAGUGGAGCUGUUUAAAGUGGUGGAUGUGAAGAGUAAAACAGACUGCAAUAGGGAGAUUGUGUUGACCUCCUUAGGAUUCAAGAGUGAUCACGAUUGUUACCUAUUCCCCAGGGUUGCUACUCCAACAGCUCACACUACUUCGGCUACAACGGACUCUUCUGAUAUUGGAUCCUCCACCCAGUGGAUGAGCUCUCGUGGAGUUGUUCUCCUGACAACACUUCUUAGCAUGUGCUCAAUUUUUCUUGCACUGUGAUUUACUCCCUAAACACACACACACACACACACACACAGCACAGUGGGCCAUGUGCAAGAAUAUUAAUAGCAUUACAAGAACAGAACAUUAAGAACAUUAUAGCAGUGAACUAGAUUGCAAUAGAGUAUAAAUUCCAUACCAUUUUCAUGUCACUCUGCCUUAAUUUACUUUUAAUGUCGUGAGCUAAUAUGAACAAAUAAAAAGGCUAUAAAGGAAUGUAUGACUAAAUUGAAGCCGUUCAUGUACAUUGGGUUUCUUAAACCUUUCGAUGAUGCUGUCCUUUGUAUGGUGUAUUCCACUGUUCUACAUUAAAAUAAAGCAUAUUUUGCUAAA